GCCAUAGCAGCGCACAGUCUAACUGCCGAACGCCCCGUGUGUGUCAUUCACCUGGACUGCCACGGCUGCAUUUUUUUAGUAUUUGAAAAGCGGACCGUUUCGCUCUGCGUACAGCCCAAGCUACAGUGCAAGGGUCGAUUACGGCAUUUUAAUGGUAACAUCGCUGACUUGUCCGUGGGAAGCAGGAUCUGGAAUAUAGAAUGCCCAGGGUGCUCUGAGCCGGCCUCUGAAGAUGAGUGUGACGUCAUGGUUCCUGGUCAGCAGCUCUGGCACUCGCCACCGGCUCCCACGGGAGAUGAUCUUCGUGGGGCGGGAAGACUGCGAGCUCAUGCUCCAGUCGCGCAGUGUGGACAAGCAGCACGCCGUCAUCAACUACGACCCGGCCACCGACGAGCACCUGGUGAAGGACCUGGGCAGCCUCAAUGGGACCUUUGUGAAUGAUCUAAGAAUCCCAGACCAGACCUACAUAACACUCAAGCUUUCUGAUGUUAUUCGCUUUGGAUAUGAUUCUCAUGUGUACAUCCUGGAAAGGAGUCAACACAAAGUUCCAGAGGAAGCACUGAAACAUGAGAAGUACACCAGCCAGCUGCAGAUGAGCAUGAAGGCGUCGGAGGGGAAGAGGCGGGACCACUCGGAUGAGAAGACCAGCAGUUCCGACUUCCACCGAUCCAAAUUGGAGAAGACGGAGCGCAAGCCCCUGACAGAGGCCCCUGUAUCCCGGCCCACUCCCCUAUAUGGCCAGCCCUCAUGGUGGGGGGAGGACGAUGUUGGGAACAAGGGGCAGUCCAGUGAGGGACGCAAGCCAGACGAGAGCCACUCAGAGAACCUGAAGGAGAGCUCCAGACAUGACCCUGAGAUCAACGGCUCCAUCUCCGACUACCGGGACACCCAGAGCAAGUCCAUCUACGGGUACCGUCGCGAGCCGAGCUACUUCGAGAUCCCGACCAAGGAGUUCCAGCUGCACUCCAAGUCCCCUGAAACUGAAGUCCAUGAGAUACCCACCAAGGACACAGACACUCCACCCACACCGACCCCCACCCUGCCUACGCCCCCUGUGGUGCAGAGCCAUGCCUCCUUCACCAUCGAGUUUGAUGACUGCACGCCAGGAAAGAUCAAGAUCAAGGACCAUGUCACCAAAUUCUCCUUCCGCCAGCGUAAGCUGCCGGGCAAGGAGAUGGCCACCACGCCCACUGAGGUGAUGUCGGCAGAGAGCAAGGUUGCUGAUUGGCUGGCACAGAGUGAUGUCAGCAUGAUUAGGAGGAAGGCCCCUUGUGAAGAUGUCUAUAGCACCAAGAGUGACUUACCCAUGCACAUAAAGACCCUCAAAGGACACCACCAUGAAGAUGGCACCCAGAGUGACUCUGAAGACCCCAUCCUGAAAGAGAAGCAAAGCAAGUCGCAGCCAUCUAUCCUGUCCAAGCAGUGCCCGCCUCCCGAGCUUGCGUCCCCGAAACCCCCCUCCCCUCCAGCCCGCGAGGAGUCCCUGUCCUGCUCACCCCCGCAGAGCCAGAGCAAGCCGGACCCCCGGCAGGCCUUCAUCAUCGAGUUCUUUGACGACAACCCGCGCAAGAAGCGCUCGCAGUCCUUCACCCAGAACUCGGCCCACGCCGACUCCUACUCCGCCCUCAGAGCCAAGCUGGAGAAGCGGAAGAGCGCGGCACAGGCCGGGGAGAGGCCGCCCGCCUCGCUGGGCUACAUCCCACCCACGCAGCAGGUCACGGUCCCGCUGAAGGGGCCUGGCCCGGGCCAGGGCGCCCCCCAAAGGGCCAGCUCCCUCAAGCGGGAGAAGACGGAGGAACGGCUCGGCACGCCCGCCGCCCGCUCCUCGUCCUGCGUCACCAUCAGACCCUUCGGCAGCGUGGGCAGGAGGUCCAAGCUGGCCCAGGACUUCGCCGCCGAGUUUCUGAGGGACCACGGCGCCGCCCCCGCCAAGGAGAAGACAUUACCGCCGCCGCCCAUAGAGGGGGCGCCCCGCUCCCUCCCGCCCGGCCUAGCCCGCUCCCCUCCGCCCACCUCCACCCCGGCACAGCCCGCCUCCCCCGCCCACCUCUCCACGCCCCCGAUGGCACCGCUGCUGCCCCUGGGCAUCCGCAGCAUGGAGCUCAAGGCCUCCAAAGCGAGGAACGAUGAGGAGGACAGCCUGAGUGACGCGGGCACCUACACUAUCGAGACCGAGGCCCAGGACAAGGAGGUGGAGGAGGCGCGCAACAUGAUCGACCAGGUGUUUGGUGUUCUCGAGUCCCCUGAGUACACCGGCGUGACCGCCGCAGCGUAUAGGCCCGUAAUUAACGAUGACAGGGACGAGCAGGCUAGCCUCCGGCUUAGCAAGGGUAGUUCUGUGGAUCUAAAGGCAGCUCCAGUGCAGGGCUAUAACCUGGCUGCCCUUAGCGGCGCCCCCAGCAGCCCGGCGCAGGUGCGGGCAAUUGGCCCAGGGCCUCCUGGGGGCCCCAAAUGGGUCUCUCGGUGGGCCAGCCUGGCAGACAGCUCAGGGCCUGUUGGGGGGCUCUUUGACAUCCCACCGCAGCAGGAGGCUUCUAAUAGAGAUGGGGGAAUUAUCCAUCAGACAGUGGUGAACCGAGGCUUAGACAGCACAGAGUCGGAAGGCACCCAGGGUUCCCGAACCAGACGGCUUCUUCCCCAAGUCCCACCAACAGAGAAGACGGAGGGUCCCACUCCCAGCAUUUUCAUACGCCACGAGCCGUAUACAGGGUUCGAGGCCCCUGAGGUCAUGUCAGGAACCCCCCGCCAGCAGGAGACUGUUCAGAGGCUGAGUGUCCAGGACGACCUGGACCCGGACAGCCUGAGUGAUGCCAGCAAGUCGGACGACGGCUCCGUCGUGGAGCGGAGCAGGAGGCUCCACGCAGGGCGGGGCGAGAAGGGCGGGCCUGCCGCAAAGUCCACCUCCUUCUACAUUGGUUCUGAUGAGGUCCUCUCCAAAUCGCCGUUGGCUCACACCCCCGUCCUGUCCCAGGCAGAGAGGGAGCAGGACCUCCCUCCCAAAACAUCCCCAACAACGGUUCUGAUCAGGCACCUGAGUGACCACGGGCCCCGCAAACCAGUGAAACCCACCAGCUCGGCCCCCAGCCUUCACUCCCGGGACAAAGACCCCUCGGCCGCCGUGGAAUCCUCCGUUUCAUGCGGUUCGUUUGUCAGACAGGAGAGCUUCACCAAAGACGGGCCUAGCAGCGACGUUCAGGUCAACAGGCUCCCGCACAUCUCCAGCCACCCAGCCCUGAGGGACCUGGACUCCGGGGACAUGGGCGGGGGCGACAGCAGCCAGGACACGCAGUCCUUCCUCAAGGAGACGGAGAACGCCCUGGCUGCCCUGGAGGCCAAGCUGCAGGCCCAGAGCCAGGAACAGGAGCAGAAGCAGGAGGGCUCCUCCGGCCCGAUCGAGGACUCCCUGUCAGGCGACUCGGACGUGGACACGUCCAGCACUGUCAGCCUGGUCAGCAACAAGAACGACGCCGGCACGGCGCCCAGAAAGCGCUCGACUGCCGGCGACCUGCAGAAGGAGAAGUCGUCCUCCAGCUCGUCCAUCCAGGACCCGUGCCGGCAGGCCUCGGCGCGAGAGCGUCUGUCCGAGAAGCGCCGCACGCAGGGCAGUGACGGCGGCAGCAGGACGCAGGCCCACCGCUUCCAGCUGCGGCGUAGCACGGGGAACCGCGGCUCACUGGACUUCAGCGACGAGGCCCAGGGCUCCGGCCUGCCGUACUGGCCUGACACCGCCUCCUCCGACCACGAGGCCAGCUCCCGUCCCACCACCCGCAGGAAGCUCACCGUCCCGCUGCAGAAGGAGGACUCCGGCAAAGCAUCCAAAAACGCGGUCCUCCAGGCGCUGACCCGCUCCAACAGCUUGUCGGCCCCGCGGCCCACCCGCGCGUCCAUGCUGCGCCGGGCCCGCCUCGGAGACGCCUCCGACAACGAGGCCGCCGAGGCCGACCGGGGCUCCCAGGGCUCGGACCCCAGCGCGCCUGCCAAGACCCCGCCAGACAGCAAGAAGCUCUCCCGCCUGGACAUCCUGGCUCUGCCCCGCAAGAGGACAGGCUCCUUCACCACGCCCAGUGACACAGAGUCCUCGGCCAGCAGAACUGGCUUCUCCAACCGCAGCUCCGAGUCCGGCAGCUCUGUGCGUAAGUCAUCGAUCCCUGACUCCAAGACGGCCUUGAGGAGGAGUUCAGGAGUCACCGGGAAGCAGCCAAUCACCCGAGCCCGCUCCAGUAGCGCCAAGUACACCAGCACAACCAGCUCGCGGCGGCGGCAGAAAGGCUCCGACUACACAUCCACGUCGGAUGAGGAGUACGACUCCAACCACAGCACCCCUAAACACACCCCUAAACGCUCCCACGCCUCAGCAGCCACGCAGACCCCCCGGCCCAAGACCCGCUCCCGGGAGUCUGAGGAUGACGACAAUGGAGGUGACCCUUUCCAGAACUGGUCCACACACAGCGCUGAGAUCGCCAGACUCAGUCAGGACCUCGCCAAAGACCUGGCCAUCCUGGCCCGGGAGAUCCAUGAUGUGGCUGGGGAUGGUGACCCCCCGAACACCUCACCCCCGUCGGUCCCCAGCACGCCUGCAUCCACCAUCUCUGCCCGGGAGGAGAAAGUAUACCCAUCCUCGCGAGCUGUCCUCUCAUCCCAGUUGGUCCAGCACAUUCCAGAAGCCAGUCUGAAUUACCAGAAAGUUCCGCCAGGCUCAGCCGUGGCCAAGGACGAGGAUCAGAGCACGAACGACCAAGACCCCAACUCCAAGCGCCGGGUGUGGAACCGCGAGGAGGUUAUCUUUGACAAUCUGAUGCUGAACCCAGUUUCCCAGCUUUCUCAUGCCAUUCGGGAAAACACUGAACAGCUGGCUGAGAAAAUGAAGGUGCUGUUCCACAACAAGACAGAGGUGUGGGAAGAGAUUGAAGCAAAGAUCAACGCUGAGAACGAAGUCCCCAUCCUCAAAACCUCCAACAAGGAGAUCUCAUCCAUUCUGAAAGAGCUAAGAAGAGUUCAGAAACAACUUGAAGUUAUAAACACGAUUAUUGAACCCAGUGGGACACUGGAAGUGGUCGGGAGGGCCGUCCCUGCGGGGACUCACUCCUCUGUGAAGCCCAGACCCUCUUCCAAGGAUGGCAGGCCCUCACCCCAGGCCUAUGGGGCCCCCCAGCAUGGGGGCUGCCCCUCCACGGGUCCUAAUGCUGGGUCCGGCAGCAGUGCCAAUGAACACGCCAAGAGAGUCAUGGUGGGACCUGAGGGAGAAAGCUUUGUGGUGUAAUCCUUUGCCCAAGGCGCCCCCUUGUGGCGACUGCAGCUGCUGCUACUCUGCAAUCAGUGACAUGAUAUAUGUGCUAUGAGUGUGGGAUGGAAGAAAAAUGUAUUGCUGACACAUUGCACAACAAAGGUAAAGAAGACUAUAUAACUUUUGAAGUUCAAAAACAUUUUAGCUUAAAGUACUACUGUUUGUAAGCCUUGUAUAGUUCCAGUAACACUGCUUUAUCACUGUGGAGCAGCAUGUACGUGGUAAAAAAUUUAUGACCAGUUGUGCCAAGGAGUGUUGGGCGAGGGGACGUCCCUGUCAGAAAAAGGGCAUCUUUGUCCCUUACUUGUGUCAUUUUCACCCACACAUUCAGAAAUGAACCAUCACAAGUAUCAUUUUUCCAUGUUCAUAUGAAUGAUUAAUUUCUUAGCUGCAACCCAACAGAAGAACGUUGGGUAUGUCACAUAUGAUAGAUAUGAUAGAUAUGAUCCAAGCCCACUCGAACUGGAUUAUUAUUAUAAUUUGGCCAAGGGAUUUGUGUUGCUGUUGCAUUUCACAGGGUACUGAAUUUCAAUGCAAGAAUGUAAAAGAAGCUGCCUAUUUAUGCAAUGUAAGCUUGGAUUAGUCAAUAUUUUAUUCCUGUUUACACAGUGGCAAAAAGUAAUAUUGGUGCCAUGCUUACCAGCUUCAUGCUGCGAAGUUUGUUUUCCUUACAAAUGACCUGGAAGAAAUGCAGUAAGCAGGGGUCUAAUGAACUGUAAUAUUUAUGAAGUUCUUUUAGAAUGUAUUGGGACAGAUAUAUUUGAUUGUAGAAAAUUGUAAGGGACAUAUGCCAUUAUACUGUACAUAGGAAUUCUGCUUGAGAUAGCAGGGAAGACAUUUUUUCUGUUUUCACACAGUCAGCAUCUUUUAGCUUUGGCGCUUAGGGUAGUAAGAAUAUUUUAACUUCCUGGUCAGCUCUAGAAGACCAGGUGAAACUUAAAAUGUAUUUUAAAUUACUGUGGCUAUUAUGGGUUAUCUCUUGAAAAUGCAUCCUGGUUUGUCAUUGGAAACAUACAUAGCCCUUUCAGUGUAUCAUUAAAAGGGUGGAUUCCCAGAAUGCAGCUGGCACACUGCCUCGGUGCCUCUGUGCGAAAGAGGGGUCUGUUCCUCAAGUGGUUCCACUCACACGUGAUUGUGCUCAGAAGUCUUUUGUCUUUGGUUUGUGUCUUCAAGACUAAGGAUUGCACUAUCUUGGGUCAGCCCAACCCUCUCUGUUGAUGAAGUUCCCACUUUUUUAAACAAGACAAAGAAACAAGGGACCUGCAUGAAGUUUAGAUGUCAGGGUUGAGUCCACAGGACAGCUGUAGGCCUUUCAGUUGGACAGAUUUAUUAUAAGUGUUUUCAAGGGCUUUGGAUCAGUUCAGCUAUGUGGUGCAACACACAGUUAGCUUUAAAACAAGGUAGAACACACUUUAGCUUGUACUUCACCUAGCUGAGCUGAAAAACUACCAUUUAUGUUAGAAACUUGGAUUUGCAACAGUACUAGAUUGAUAUUAAAAGAAUUGUUUGUAUUGAUUUCAGACAGCAGACAUGAUAGUAAGGAGGCUUUUUUUCCCCUUUUCUCAGUCCUGUGUACAUACUUAGUCAUAAGAAACAUCAUUAUACAAAGCCAAAGAGCACCAUUAUGCCAUCCAGACAUUAGCUUCUACUCACCAGCUUUGCCCACCAUCUGUUGUUUAAGGUAAUGAAAACCAAUGGUUUGGUGAAGUGAAACUAUGUUGUAACCCUGCAGUCUUAUGUCUGAAUCAGGGAGGAAGCUGCAGUUUCAGCAUUGCUUCUAAAGUCAGUCCUAUUUGUCUGCUUUCCUGCUUUUGCUGUCUUCAGGGCGCACCUGGGUCCAAACUGAAAAUGAAACCUGACUGUAUGCAAUUACUGAGAGCAUUCCUUGUCUUUGUGUGAUAUACUGUAUGUACAGUACAUAUAAAGAGCUUCACUGUAUUUUCCCUCGGUUAUCUGCACUAAGAGCGCACCACUGUGUCCCUUGAUAUUGUGUGCUGAACAACGUAAAAAAAAUAGUUUCUCCUUUACUUUGGAAAGAGUUGGAUAUUUUUUAAAAGCGAUCGUAUCUGAUGAAUUGUGUAGAAAUAAAGGAACAACAGAUCUUCCAAAUUAUUUUGUGACAAUGCACAUGUACCAUAUGCAGUUUAUUGUGGCAAGAUGUUAGAGUAGCUCACCAAAGGUGCACUUUUUACUUACGUGACACCUCAUUCUCAGACUGAUUAGUGGGAGAACCAAAACAUAGAAACGGUACAUUUUAACAGUUUGGGAAAAUGUUACCCUUGCACUGUUGUACAGAUUAAAAAGCCCGGUUGUUUUUAGGAAGCCAAAAUCCAUCAGGCUUUCAUAUUGUGACUCUGACAUUGUGACAGCUUUCAUUUGAUUAAGAUCAAGACCGCUGUGGGGCACAAGAUUCCCCGCCACAAGCCUUCAGGAAUGUACUGAGACUCUGUUGUGAAAUGCUGGUCUGUGUGGAGCUCCCAGAGCUCAACUCCUGUUCAAUGAAAGAUAUCCGAUUGGCUGUGAUACUGAUGAUGCAACUGCUGCUGCUAAUGUCCGAUGUUCUCACUGGGCUUAAUAAGUUUAUUUUUCCUCCUCUGCAUGUAACUCAAAUGUAAACUGUAUACAAAAGAAAAAA